AUGAAAGUUGACCAGAAGGAAUCAUGUUUUGAGAUUAUAAGAAUUAAAAAUACUUCAUCAAUAGGAGCUAACUUUGUAAAAUGUGACUUAAGUGGAUCUGAAUUUGACAAUGUCAUUUUUAGUGGAGUGAAUUUGAAUUAAGCCAAAUUAUUUAAUUGCUAUUGGAGGAACUUAAGAAUUAACAAGUUAAACAAGUUGACUGUUCAUAGUGAUGAUGCCAAUUAAGUUGGCUUUUCUCCAGAUGGUAUGUCUUUAGCUUCUUGUAGUAUGGAUUAAUCUAUUUGCUUGUGGGAUGUGAAAACAGGGAAAAUAAAGUCAAUAAUCAUAGGAGAGGGUGAUUUAAAAUCAUUGUGCUUUUCAUCCAAUAUUACAUUAGCUUAUAGCAGCAGAGAAUUUGAGUAUUUAUGGAAUCUUAAAACAGGGAAAUAAAUUGCAAAACUAGAUGGUCAUUUAGAUUAUUUGAAUUCAAUAUGUUUCUCUCCUGAUUUUACUACAUAAGCAUCUGGUAGUUCAGAUAACUCUAUUCGUUUAUAGGAUGUUAGGACAGGAAAAUAAAUAGCCAAAUUAGAUGGUCAUUCAUCUGGUGGUACUUCAAUUUGUUACUCUCCUGAUGGUCCUACAUUAGCAUCUGAUAGUGAUGAUAACUCUUUUCGUUUAUGGGAUAUAUAGAUAGCGAAAGAGUUUCUACCUUAAGAUAAUUGUUACAAAGACCUUCUUUCUUAAUUUAAAUUACCACUAUAAAGUCAAUCCAUUUAAUAAAAUCGCAUUUAAUUACAUCAUUAUUUAGCUAAUUUUGAUCGUACAACACAACGAACACGCCAAAACCCAAUUUUGGAAGCUUCAGGAGAUUUAUUUUGA